AGACCGCACGGUCCAUCAAUAAAAGCGGCCUUCCGUCCAGUGCCUCUCGGUGCCGGCUGGCUUCUUCCGAAGGAAAGCGGUCACAGAGCGCCCUUACGGUGCUGCAGGGGGUUGGUGAGGGUGAUCCGUGCUCUCAUCCCCCCCGGAUCCCGUUCGCUGCUCGGCGGGGGCCCAGCCCGCCACAGGAACGCUCGCUGAGGCGGCGGGAGCGGCGGACGGGUCCGGGGCUGUCCCGGAAGCCGCUGCCCAGAGCAGACGUGUCGCUGCCAUGGCGGAGCGGGGCCGGGUGGAGCUGCUGGAGCAACGCGUGCGGGAGCUGGAGCGGGAGCUCGAGGUGGCCCGGGGCGGGCGGGCGGCGGGGCGGACCCGCAUCGAGACCAUGAGCCCGGAGGUGACGGACUCCAACCCCUACAGUCGCUUGAUGGCAUUAAAAAGAAUGGGAAUUGUCAAAGAUUACGAGAAAAUCCGUACUUUCACUGUUGCAAUAGUGGGUGUGGGUGGUGUUGGCAGUGUGACUGCUGAGAUGCUGACAAGAUGUGGCAUUGGUAAGCUUCUUCUGUUUGACUAUGAUAAAGUGGAGCUGGCAAACAUGAACAGACUCUUCUUCCAACCUCAUCAAGCUGGGUUAAGUAAAGUGCAAGCAGCGGAGCAUACACUGAGAAAUAUUAAUCCUGAUGUGCAGUUUGAAGUACACAACUACAACAUCACGACACUGGACAACUUUGAACAUUUCAUGGAUAGAAUAAGUAACGGUGCACUGGAGGAAGGGAAGCCUGUUGAUCUUGUUCUGAGCUGUGUGGACAACUUUGAAGCACGCAUGGCAAUUAAUACGGCCUGCAAUGAGCUUGGACAAAUCUGGAUGGAGUCUGGAGUGAGUGAAAACGCAGUGUCAGGACACAUCCAGCUGAUCAUUCCUGGCGAAUCUGCUUGUUUUGCGUGCGCUCCUCCACUUGUGGUUGCUGCAAAUAUUGAUGAGAAAACAUUAAAACGAGAAGGAGUUUGUGCAGCUAGUCUUCCAACAACCAUGGGUGUUGUGGCUGGAAUUCUCGUACAGAAUGUUCUGAAGUAUCUUUUAAAUUUUGGUACUGUGAGUUACUAUCUUGGCUACAACGCAAUGCAGGAUUUCUUUCCAACAAUGGCUAUGAAGCCAAAUCCACAAUGUAGUGAUCAAAAUUGCAGGAGACAGCAAGAAAAUUAUAAGAUAAAAGAAGCUGCACAACCAAAACAAGAAGAAAGUGAUCAGGAAGAAGAAAUAGUGCAUGAAGACAAUGACUGGGGCAUUGAAUUAGUAUCAGAAACUACAGAAGAUGAGUUGAAGGCUGCUUCUGGUCCAGUACCUGAUCUUCCUGUUGGAAUUACUGUAGCAUAUACAAUCCCAAACAAGGAAGAGAAUGUGACAGCUGAAGAAACAGUGGCUGAGUCUGGAGAAAGCCUGGAAGAUCUCAUGGCCAAAAUGCGGAACUUGUAGCAGAACAAAUACUAAGGACAAGUAUAGAAGUUUGGAUUGACAUUUCGUGUAGACUUCUGUUCCCUCCACUGAAGCUCGUCUUUACAUGUCUAAUGAAAUUGAACUGUUAUAUAGAUGGGAAGUAGACUGACUUAUCCUUGUUUAUAUUUCAUUGUCUUACCAUGGUUAUAACAUGCAGAGUUGCACUACUGUAAGUUUUAAUUUUUCAGCAUUGCUGGGGUCCAGAUAACCAUUGGAAAAUUAGGAGAUAGAUGAACUCAAAAACAGAAAAAGCAUGCAUAACACAUGAUAUACAAUAUCAGGUUAUGAAGAUAUAUCAUGGAACAAAUGGAAGAUGAAAUUUGCUGGCUGGAGUUUAUAGAAUAGGUCAAGGGCAGCUGACAGUGCCUCAUUCAUUACUGCUUCUGAUAUUCCUUGUGCUUGAGCUGGGUUGUUUACUGGAAUCUGUUUAAAGUCUUGGCAUGGAUUAUGUUGUAUGUAUUUUCAGUGAGUAGAUGUAACAUUUCAGCCUUUUUAUCAGCCUUAAAUAUUCCUUGUGUGGAUAUACAGAGAUAUUUAACUUCUGUGUUUUUUCAUUUUCUUACUAUUGCUUGUUCAUAAUUAGUUGCCUAUAUGUGAUAAUGCUUUGAGAAUGAAGACAUAUAGGAGACUUUUAUUAGCAGGUAAUUAGGCUAGCAGGCUGCAUACUGGCAUGUCAUCACUUCAGCAGGUGGAUUCUUUCUAUGGCAAAUUCCGUAAGAAUCAACGGUAACACUGGGAUGCACAGGAGAUUUUCUCCCUCUGAAAAUCAAUCUGUUUUAACUGGUUUCUAAACUAUCCCCAUCAUAUGGGCUAUUUAAUGUACUUAAUCUGUUUGUAUAGGAUGGCUUCUAAAAUGAGAUGCUCUAAAGGCUUCGUGUUGCAGAUAUCUAAGUUGAGUGGCUGAGCUAAGUUGAGUUGUCCUGUAAAUAAUGUUAAGGCAGAGGUAUUUAAAUUAUCAUGUGCUAAACUGACCUGUAAACAUACACAUUAUGUACUGCCAGUACCCUACAAACCUGGAAGUACCAAUUGCAGGUAGUUCAACUAUGGGAGGCUGAUCCAGAACUUCAUUACUGGAUCAGUAAUAACUACUUAGACUUGGCGUAGAAGAAAGUAAAUUGUAGUAUCUCCAGUAAUGCAAACACUUCUAACUUUGGCUAUGAAAAAAUAUAUUUGCAGCACAGUGCAGCUAUGAUAGAAUCUGCCAGUAUGAAUUAGCAGCCAUAUCCGAACAGCAGUUAAAAAGAGUCAUAUUUUGGAGGUGCUUCUGUCUCGUAGGUUUAGCUUGCAUAAAAAGUUGUUUCUGAUUUCAAAGUAAUGAAUGAGAGCUUCAAAAUGUGUUCUCUCCACAGCUGAUAUGAGACUAUUUAUGUUAUUUAUACAAAAAUCACAUUAGAAUUUAGUGAGGGGUUUUUCUUUUUGUGGGGGAGGGGUAUUUUGUUCUGUAAAAUGGAAGAUGAUUUUAGAUUGAGUUCAGUUUUGGAGACAUUUCCUUUUUACAGUGCAUUUCUUAAAGGGAAAUACAGAGACCAUAAAAAAGGUACGUACUUGAAUCAGCGUUAUUAAGUCUAUGUUCGCAUGGUCUACAUGUUAAUUUGCAUUGCGUUCCUUUGUGAGAUACUUUACCUUUCUGUCACUUCUCUGUUGGAACAGUACAAGUGAGGCACACGCGACUCAAGAGAUUGAGUAAAACAGUUCUCUCAUUUCUGCUAGUUUAGUUAAACUGGACUCUUAACCGUUUCCCUGACAGGACUGCUGUCACAUGAUUCACAGCUUUACGGGAGGUGGCUGGUUAGCUGUUGUCGCGCUUUUUGUUUGUGCGCUUUCAGAGUGUGCAAAUGCUUCCGUGUUACUUUCAGAUGCACAAAGGCACAUAAAGGAAGAAUUUGAAGUAGGAGGUAUUUGGAGAAGAUUGGUUGUUUCAAUGGUUAAAAAUAAAAUAAGCAGCAUCAAGACAGAAACAAAAAGCAGCUUUAAGAAUCUUUUUCCAGUUAAGAAGACUUUUACAAGUAUAAUAUAUUCCAACCAUAAAACCUAAUGAAAAAUCUGUUACUACUUUUGCUAUGAAAUAAUAUAUUAAAGAUAUUGCAGUGUUUUAGUCUGUCUUUGUUUGUUGGAAGUCUUAUAAAUGAAGAUCUCUGUUUUUAUUGCAUAUCAUGAAUGUUAAUGAAAUGUUGAUUAUCUGUCCAUACGAUUAAAUCUCCAUUGAAACAGAAGACUAUAAAAGCAUUUAAUAAAUUCCAAAAUUUGGCUUAUACUGCAUCUA